UGGUUAUGGUGUUGGUAUUGCCGCGGUUGUUGUGUGAAGUUCGAAUUGGAAUGAUAAUAAUAGUGGGAGGCAUUGGAAUUGGGGUUCGGAUAAUUGGAUAUGGAAACUGGUGGAAGAUAUUGAUUAUUCUCUCUCGUAACCAAUCAAAUGCAUAAAUUCGAGAUCCGAUUGCGCUCGUAGGAGUCAGAGUACGUAUCAGUGUUAUCAAAAGAGACGGGUAGACGGGGGUCUAAAUUGAGUUUUUUAAGUUUGGUUAUUUAGGGGUCAAUUGGUGUGAAAGGCGAAUGAAAUUCCAAUGCGGCAGACCGUCGCCGUUUAUAGGCGGCGCAUCAUUGAGUCACGCUUGUAGAACGUUCUAUCCUUUUUCUACACAAGCAGCAGGUCCGACUACAAACAUUCUUCGAUUAACUUCCAAAGCAACUUCCAAAGCGACUUUCUCCACAACAACGAACAAAUUCGGAUCCUCGUCACGUUUAUCAUUAUUUCUUUAUUCUAAUCCCCCAAACUCGUCCCGAUUCUCGACUAAGACAGCCCCCAACACCCAUAACACCCACGCCAUCAUGGGUGACCCCAAGUGGACCGGCGUAGGGGUUCGCAAGACCUUUCUCGAAUUCUUCGAAAACCGAGGACACACGAUAGUGCCCUCAUCGUCUGUUGUCCCUCACAAUGACCCCACCUUGCUCUUCACCAAUGCGGGCAUGAACCAAUUCAAGCCCAUAUUCCUCGGCACCGUUGCGAGUACGGAUGAUAUGUCCAAAUUGAAGCGUGCCGUCGAUACUCAGAAGUGUAUACGCGCUGGUGGCAAACACAAUGAUCUCGACGAUGUCGGCAAAGACAGUUAUCACCAUACCUUCUUCGAGAUGUUGGGUAACUGGUCCUUCGGCGACUAUUUCAAAAAAGAGGCGAUCGAAUGGUCAUGGGAACUCCUAACCAAAGUUUACGGGCUGGAUCCCUCGAGACUCUACGUCACCUACUUCGAAGGCAACCCAGCCAUGGACCUCCCACCCGAUCUAGAGGCGAAGGACCUGUGGAAGUCAGUUGGCGUGCCGGAAGACCACAUAUUGCCAGGUAACAUGAAGGACAACUUCUGGGAGAUGGGCGACCAAGGUCCCUGCGGUCCUUGCUCUGAGGUUCACUAUGACAAGGUUGGUGGCCGCAAUGCCGCGCACCUAGUCAACCAAGACGACCCCUUGGUAGUGGAGAUCUGGAAUAACGUUUUCAUCCAAUUCGACCGUCAAAAAGAUGGUUCGCUCAAGUCCUUGCCCGCCAAGCAUGUCGAUACGGGAAUGGGUUUUGAGCGAUUGGUAUCGGCACUUCAGAACAAGAACUCCAACUAUGCGACGGACAUCUUCGCGCCACUCUUUGAAAAGAUCCAGGAAGUCACGGGCGCACGACUCUACACCGACAAGUAUGGAAAAGAUGAUGUGGACGGCAUUGACACUGCUUACCGUGUAGUUGCUGAUCACAUACGAUUGCUCGCUUUCUCCAUAUCCGAUGGUGCUGCACCUAACAACGAGGGAAGAGGCUACGUCGUCCGCCGUGUGUUGCGCCGAGGUUCACGUUAUGCUCGAAAAUAUUUUAACGCCGAAAUCGGUAACUUCUUCUCCAGGAUCCUACCUGCGCUAGUUGAUCAAAUGGGCGAACAGUUCCCAGAGCUCGUUAAGAAGCAGCAAGAUAUCAAGGAGAUAUUGGACGAGGAAGAAGAAGCAUUUGCUCGAACUCUAGAUCGUGGAGAGAAACAAUUUGAGAAGUAUGCGGCCCAGGCAGUUAACAGCGGAAUAAAGAAGCUUUCGGGAGCAGAUGUUUGGAGAUUGUACGAUACCUUUGGUUUCCCGGAAGAUCUUACCAAGCUUAUGGCCGAAGAGCGAGGCCUUGAAACCGACGAAAACGAAAUUGCGAUCGCAAGGGAGAAGGCUCGCGAGGCUAGCAAAGCAGUUAAGGAGACAGUACAGACAUUUGCCAAGCUGAAUGUCCAUAAAAUUGCCGAAUUAAAGGACACUCUACAAAUACCUGUUCCUGACGACGAGCCCAAGUUCUUCAAAAGCAAAAUCGAGCCUACAAUUGGAAAAGUUCAGCUUAUCUACACUGGAACAGAUUUCGCCAAGUCGACAAAGGAUCUUCCACCGAAUACCCCUUUUGGACUUCUACUCGACCGAACCAACUUCUACGCCGAGCAAGGUGGGCAGGUUGCCGACACGGGAAGAAUUGUCAUUGACGAUGUUGCCGAGUUUGAAGUCCAAGACGUUCAGCAGUUCGGAGGUUACAUAAUUCACAACGGGUUCUUGAAGUACGGAGAACUUAAGGCAGGUGAUAAGGUUAUCUGCGAAUAUGAUGAGCUAAGGAGACAGCCCAUUCGAAACAACCACACAGGAACGCAUAUUCUCAAUCAUUCCCUGCGAGAGGUACUGGGUGACGAGGUUAACCAGAAGGGUUCACUUGUCGACCAGGAGAAGCUCCGAUUCGACUUUUCCCACAAGGCAGCGGUUACUCUGCCCGAACUUAAGAAGAUUGAGAAUAUGUCAAACGAGUAUAUUCGACAAAACUGCAAUAUCUUCUCCAAGGACGUCGAACUUGACGUUGCAAAGAAGAUCAAUGGUGUUCGCGCCGUCUUUGGCGAGACAUAUCCCAAUCCAGUGCGAGUGGUCUCAGUCGGCGUUGACGUUGACAUGCUACUCGAAGCACCUGAGAACCCUGAGUGGCGAAAAGUUAGUGUUGAGUUCUGCGGCGGUACACACGUCGACAAGACUGGCCACAUCAAGGACCUUAUCAUCGUCGAAGAGAGUGGUAUUGCAAAGGGUAUCCGUCGUAUUGUCGCAUUCACGGGAGACGCCGCGCACCGUGUGCAACGCGAGGCCGAAGAGUUUUCCAAGCGUAUCUCUGCUAUCGACGCCCUGCCAUUUGGCCCCGAGAAAGAGGCCGAAGUCAAGCAAACCACUGUCGACCUUAACCAACUCGUCGUCUCGACCCUCACUAAGGAGGAUCUGAAGACACGUUUCGCUAAGGUGGUCAAGUCUGUUGUGGACGAGCAGAAGAAGCGACAGAAGGCUGAGAGCAAGACUGCGCUCGACACAGUGACCGCUCAUUUUGCGAAGGACGAGAAUAAGGAGGCUAAACACUUUAUUGGACACCUCCCGAUCUCGGCCAAUGCGAAGGCUGUUGCCGAUGUGGUCAACCAUUUCAAGAGCAAGGACAAGGAUAGGUCGGUGUAUAUCUUUGGAGGUAGUCAGGCCGAAGGCACUGUCGUGCACGGUGUAUAUGUUGGAACGCACUUCGCAUCUCAAGGCGUCACCGCCGAGAGCUGGUCCCAGGCUGUUAGCCAGGUAGUGGGCGGCAAGUCUGGCGGAAAAGAGCCGACCCGCCAAGGCCAGGGCACAAACGCGGAUAAGAUUGACGAGGCGGUUGCCGUCGCCGAGAAGUGGCUCGCCGAGAAAUUGAAGAUUUGAAUUUCCCAUCGGCAUGAAGCCCGUUUGACCGGUUCUGUUUAGUUCAGCUUAUGUACUAUACCAUCGAGCUAUGCCGUCGGCUUUCUCGAAUUAUCUAGGCUGACACUACGCACGGGCAUCGAAUUCCCUUAUGGACUCUUAUCUUAGGUAGCUAAGCAGACGAGGAAAGGAAACUCUACUUACGGCUACGUGGAGGUAAAGAAGAUGUGAAGUAGAGUAGGGGGAAAAGAGAUACCAAGAAACUAAAAACGCUACCUAGGGGAUGGGAAGCAAAAGUCUGUUAUAGAUGCCAGGCUAGACACUGAAGUAGGAGUCGCGACGGCUCGAGAUAUGCAAUGCAAUGGUAUUUGCGUUUGUGA